GUGCGUAUCCAGAGCCUUCGCGUGCUUACCAGGAGGUUGAAACGUGGUCGAGAUGACGGCGUGUUUCUGGGAAGGAAGUUGUGGAACGACACGGACUUCACAGACUGCGUACUGCGCUCGGAGGAUGGCUUGGAGCAAAAAGCACACAAGGCCAUUCUUGCAAACGCGUCGCCCGUCUUGAGCCGGAUGCUGCGGUCUGCGACCAAGGAAGGCGAAGUUACGCUUCCUUGCAGUGGUGAGGUGGUGCGGGCUUUGCUGAAGCACUGCUACGGGCUGUUCCCUGACAUCCGCGCCCUGAAAGUUCAGGAUGUGGUAUCCCUUGUGGAACAAGCUCAUGCCUUGGAGCUGACUUCCUUAUCUGAGGAUGCUGCGGUUGCUGCCACGCAGUGCUUGACUCCGGAGACAGUUGUCCCCCUGAUGCGAGGCCUGCGCGCUUUCUACAAAGCCGGGUCUCUGGUUGAAGAGUGGGACAACCUGGUGCGACAGGUGCGUGCAAGACAGGACCUGUCGCAUGCUGCUCUUCUUGGUCUGUGA